GUUACACUUUGACGUAGACCAUUAAACUAUCGGCCCCCUCGAUUUUAAAUGUCGCUGUCGUGUCGUCAAGCUGAUUUCCGUUUCUUGCUGUUCGGUCUCUUUUCAUUGUCGGAUUUUGGCAAGGCAACACGUUUAGUGGAUGUGCAAAGGCUAGCAUCCACUCGGCAAAAUGGUGAACCAUCGUAUUCCGUCGGUCUUCUCCAAGACCUAUGUUACCCCACGUCGUCCCUUUGAAAAACCGCGUCUCGAUGCGGAAUUGAAAAUUAUUGGCCAGUAUGGUCUGCGUAACAAGCGUGAAGUCUGGCGUGUCAAGUACACGUUGGCUAAAAUUCGUAAAGCUGCCCGUGAGCUUCUCACCCUAGAAGAGAAGGACGAGAAGCGUCUGUUCCAGGGUAACGCUCUGCUCCGUCGCUUGGUCCGUAUUGGAGUCCUGGAUGAGUCGCGCAUGAAGCUCGAUUACGUUCUCGGUCUGAAGAUUGAAGAUUUCUUGGAGCGUCGUCUGCAAACCCAAGUUUUCAAACUGGGGUUGGCAAAAUCAUACCAUCAUGCUCGUGUCCUGAUCCGCCAGAGACAUAUCCGCGUCCGCAAGCAGGUUGUGAACAUUCCCUCGUUCAUUGUGCGUUUGGACUCGCAGAAGCAUAUCGACUUUUCACUCAAGUCACCAUUCGGAGGUGGCCGUCCAGGUCGCGUCAAGAGGAAGAACAUGAAGAAGGGCCAGGGUGGCAGCGGCGGUGCCGAUGAGGAAGAAGAAGAUUAAACUAGGAUAACAUUAAUAAUCUAUUUCCAAAGCAACAGGUUGCUAUAGAGGUGAUAGAUUAUUUAUUGAUGCGUCAAUAAACGAUGUAUUGGAAAAAUGUAA